CUUUCAUCUAAAUAACCUUCUUUUUCUCUGUUACAGGAAAGCAUGCGAGGCCUACGGUCGAGAAACAACGAAACUGGCAUUCAAGGUGCUAGAGACCAUUGCUCUGGCUCUUGGAUUGCCGGCCGAUCGCUUUGAUCCAUACUUUGAAGAGACAAUGACCAUUGUUCGCUUAAACCACUACCCUCCUUGCCCCUCACCUGAGCUAGCCUUGGGUAAAGGUCCGCAUGUUGAUACCAGUGCUUUCACCCUACUCUCCACUGAUGAGGUUAGCGGAUUAGAAGUGAGGCGUAAAUCCGAUGGCGAGUGGCUUCGGGUCAGCCCCACACUUAACUCCUUCAUCUUUGUGCCAGGAGACGCCUUCCAGGUUUGGACAAAUGACCAGUAUAAUGGGUUGUUGCAUCGGGUGGUGCUGAACUCCCAACAGGGGAGGUUCUCCUUUAUCACUUUGUUUACAGUUACACCAUCCUAUCAUGCAAUUGUGGAGCCUCUUGAAGGACUGGUUCAUGAGGAAGAUCCCCCCAAGUAUAGGCCAUUCAAGUGGGGAGAGUAUCUCAUCACUAGGAGUCUCAACAAUUACAUGAAGUUGGACAAGCCUGUUCUUCAAAUAAGUGCCUACAAGAUUAGAGAUUAGCCCACUUUCCCCUAUGAAUCAAUUACGAGUCCGAAUCUAUCUCUAGUGUCCGAAUCUAUGGAGUAUCGGUUAAUGAUGUGUCCUAUCGUACUCGCCUACGGUCUUAAAUAACAUAAUGGUGAUUUCUAUUUUUCUGCUUUA